CUGCAAGGGAAGGCUUUACGAAUCAAAAGGUUUUCCGUCCUAAUUAAACAUGGCUUCCAAGUCUAGCUUUCUUGUGUUCGGUUUGCUCCUAAUCCUAGCCACCCUCUUGCUUGUGACAACAGCUAGAGAACUUGCUGAGAAAACUGAUUCUAAAGAUCAGAUGAAUCCUGAGGAUCGUGGCCAUGGUGGCGGCGGUUAUGGCUAUCCGGGACAUGGUGGCGGCGGUGGCGGUUACCCUGGACAUGGUGGUGGCGGCUACCCUGGACAUGGUGGUGGCUACCCUGGACACGGUGGUGGUGGAGGCUACUGCCGGUGGGGGUGUUGCCGCCGUGGUUAUUAUGGUGGCUGCCGGUGCUGUUCUUUCCCUGGAGAGGUUCCUGAUGCUGAGUAUAAAGCCAAACCAGGAAAUUAAAUAAUCGAUAAAUCAGUUAAUUAAUGCUUUCCAUGACAUAGUUCGUGCAUAUAUGCAUGGCGUACUUAUUGUUGGAGUGUCGUGCUUUGUAGUAAUGUCUAGAUGUGCAAUAAAGAGGGAGAAUGCAUCGUAGUAUGGAUUCCCCCUUGGGCUGAUGGAGUUGUUCUGGACUUUUAUGAUCAAAUUAAUGAUACCCUUUGUGUCGA